GGCUGCGAUGGAAGCGGAAACACGUCAGGCGAUGAUGGCGGCUGCAGGCGGUGCGGCGGCCUGAUUGGCUGUGGCUGACAGUGCGGUGGAUGAGCGGACAUGGCGGGCCUCAGUGCUAUGGAGAAGAAGCUUGCCGAGUACAAGUGUAACACAAAUGAAGCCAUUAAAUUAAAGUUAGUGCGUUUUCCUGACGAUAUUGAGGAUGAUAGCACAGCCUUUAAUCCGGAGUUCAGUCACCAGUUAUUUGGAGAUGAUGAAGUGGCUUUUGGAUACAAAGGUUUGCAGAUCUUGCUGUACUACAGCGCGGGGAACCUCUCCACCAUGUUCCGUGUACAGUAUAGUUCCAAGGUUGAUGACACAUUUGAUGGUGUUCAGGCUGAUGAUGUUGAAAACAAAAUCCGUGAAAUCGUCCCUCCAGGAUUUUGCUGUGGUACAGAUGACUUUAUAUCGUUAUUGGAAAAGGAGGUUAACUUUAGGCCAUUUGGCACUAUAAUUCACAGCUAUAACAUUUUUAACGAAGAUGCUGGCGAAGAAAUCACAUACCAGAUAUGUAAGGCUGACAUGACCUGUCCAGGCUUCAGAGAGUACCAUGAAAGGGUUCAGACGUUCUUGAUGUGGUUCAUUGAAACGGCCAGCUACAUUGAUGUGGAUGACGAGCGAUGGGACUACUUUCUGGUAUUUGAGAAGUACAAUAAGGACGGGACUACACUCUUUGCGACUGUAGGCUACAUGACAGUCUAUAAUUACUAUGUGUACCCAGACAAAACCCGGCCACGUGUAAGCCAGAUGAUUAUUUUGCCUCCAUUCCAGGGCGAGGGACAUGGCGCCCAACUACUAGAAACAGUUCAUAGAUACUAUGUUACCUCUCCCAAUAUUUUGGAUGUUACAGCUGAAGAUCCAUCAGAAAAUUUUGUCAGGCUCCGAGACUUUGUUCUUGCAAAGCUUUGCCAGAAUCUGCCAUGCUUCUCUCCUGAAAAACUUCUUGAAGGGUUCAGUCAAGAAAUGGUGACAGAGGCUCAACAGAAACUCAAGAUAAAUAAGCAACAUGCAAGACGUGUUUAUGAAAUUCUUCGACUUCGUGCAACAGACAUGAGUGAUCCUGAAAAAUCCAGGGCUUACAGACUAGACAUCAAAAAGAGACUUGUUGGCCCAUAUAAGAAAAAUCAGAGAGAAAUGGCCAAGAUGAGAAGGUGUUUAAAACCAGAGGAGCUUACUAACCAGAUGAACCAAAUAGAUCUGAAAACACAGCAUGAGCAACUGGAGGAGAGCUAUCAGGAGCUGGUGACUGAGUACAGGAGGACAGUGGAAAGGCUUGCCCAAGUGUAGAUCUUGUCAGUGCUCUUUAAACUUGUCUCAACUACUUUACAGCCUGAUGUCGCCAGUCAAUCUGUUUCAUAUAAAGCCUACUGAGUACUAUUAAAAGUACUGUCGCUGUAUUCCGGACUUUAAAUUCAGACGUGUGGCAUUCAGUUGUAACCUGUUAUUGGCGGUGGCAUUAAACUGGUGCUUGCUGCUUAACCAAAGUCUAUAUACCGACACACACCGUUGGUUUCAAAACCACUUGUUGAAGAUUGCAUUAUCUGGCGGGUGCCUUUGUUUUGAAGGGUCAAAAUUGAUCUUUAGGCAAAAUGUUUUUUUGGUGACUUUGUAUAAUUCUGAGGUUCUUCAUUCAUCAUUGUUCGCAUCCGUUUUCACAUGUAAAUAUAUCAUGUACUACUCACCCCGGCUCAUUUUUCCUAUAAAUACACAUCUCUGGUUUUCUGUGCUCUUCAGCUGUUUUAUUUUUCUAGUUGACUAAAUUGAAAUGUCUGUAUUAUUCAGUAGCACUUAAAGCUAAAAAUAAAAAGGAAGAAAAGUAAUUUUAUGCGCUUGUGUUUUCUUCGUAAUAC